GGUCCCUGUUGUAGAGUAGUGUUGUUGAGUUCCCGUUGUUCCCAUAUUAGUGCACUAGGUAGAGAAUAUGGUGUCAUUGGGGACUAUAUCACUACUAGUUAAGUCUGAAGUAUAGUUUAGGCCUAAAGUCUCACACCUUGGAGCAUAACCUGUAGAGCUGCACAUGCUGAGGUCACUUCCUAACACAAAUCAACAGGAUGAGUGUGGUUGCAUAGGGGAGGAUUUGAAAAAUGGUAGUCAUGACAACAACUGAUUGUUGUUCCUGGUCCGAGGCAGGGGCUGAAUCUCAAAUCGCAUACUUGCAUACAAUAUAGUAUGCCAGAUUUGUAUGCGAGAAGAUUAGUAUGUCUCAAACCAUGGUACGCUAUAAAUAGUAUGCCCAAAGUUCCCAGAUGGUCUUGCAUUUCUGGUGCAUGCCUUUUGGGGUAAUAUAGACCACAACCCCUUGCACAGCAAAAGAGGGGAUUCUACGAUUCUCUGUCUUUCCACUUGACAAAAAAGUCAGCACUCGUCACCUAUUUUGAUAGUUAUUGCACCAAUGUCAUUCACGUAACGUAUCCGUUAGACUGCUAACAUGUCACCCAGAGUAGGCUCUCAUCUCCACGCCCAGUUGAGGAGGAAAACAGGAAAUGCCAUUGUCGCAGGAUAAACCUGGGCAUUUUGGGUAACACUGAAGGGUAAUGGGUCACCCUGCUCAGGGUGUAUUGAAAGAAUGAAGGGAAUAUAGCAGGUGUAUGAACAUGGGAUAUGGAGCAGGUAUGGACAGCAAAGCAGCUGCGUAUGAUCUGAUAGAUGUAGGGAUCAGACCAAGGGUUGUAUGGAGUAUUUCUGUCCUACUCACAUCUUCCUGUUCCAGUGAAGGACACAAUAUAAUUAACUGUGUCAGAAAUACAAAUCCCAAAACAUAAAUGCCUUCCUUUCUACACUCAGAUGUUACUGUGUUCACUGAACCUCCCAAAAUCACUGUCAUUACAAACUACGGAGCGAAGUACAGAUGAAUGUUUUAUUUGACCAACUUCUAAAUAUGAUUGUGUGUUUAAUAACAGUAUAGCAGCACCCUAAAAGAAAAAUGCAUGGAUAUUAAAUUACAUAAUUGUUUUUAAUAUUCCCAGUUAUCAUAGAAAACGUAAUUCCUUGAUAUUCUAACUAUAUGAAAACUAUUUAAUUCGCUAGGGUAGAAAAACAAUGUAGAAACAUUGGAAAAGUGAACAACAAUGUCGUUUUUGAUAAAUAAGCGACAGAAAUAUUAUUCCGUUAUUCACCAAACAAAGGAGGUCAAGGGUCAGAAUUCAGUAGGAGUCACAUUGGUCUUGAGUUUUACUUAUGAACACACACACACACACACAAACAUGCACACACUGAAAACCACACUCCAACACAAUGUGAAACCACUGACAGUGACACAGAGUUGAGUAACAGGAACAGACCAGACUACAAACCAGACAAAUAGAGAAUGAAACUGGCUAGAGGACUUAACAUCUACCAGACCUCCAAAACAUCUAACGGACCUCGUAAACGUAGACAGAGUUGUGUUUAGGGGGCCUGAUUGACAGGGAGGGAGUGUGUGUUGGUGACUGAAAGAGACUGACAGACUGUAGAGAGAAGGACCCCAGAAGUGUGUUGAUGAAAGGCGAGUCGCCGCAAGUCCGAGAACAUAAUGAGGAAACUCAUAUCUGUCAUCCAUUUCCUUCUAUGUGCUGGAGUCUGUGUGACAUCAGAAGUAAUAACAAGAAGAGGUCAAGAAGGAGGAUCAACUAGUAUUGAGUGUCCUUAUGACCAGGGAUGGGAGACAUAUACAAAGUACUUCUAUAAGGGGAUCUGGGCACACAGAGUUCCUGUCAUCCAAAGUAAUCAGCCGUCAUCAUGGACUUCUAAUGGUAGAUACUCUCUGUAUGACGACAGAGAGAGAAGAGUCUUCACUGUGAUCAUCAGUAACCUGACACUACAGGACACUGAUACAUACUGGUGUUUGAUAGGCGGGUGGGGUUUUGAUCCCAAUACUGAAGUAAAGAUCACUGUGGACAGAGCUCCUUCUCCUCCUCCUCUCCCAGCUCCUCCUCUUACUCCUAAAUCUUUCUCCUUCACCUCCAGACCUCUCCACUCUGUGACACAUCCAUCAACAAUCAUCACCAUGGUAACUGGUUCAUGA